AUGUCUAUAACCCUUUAUUUUAAUUCUUAUUCACAUCGAUGUUUAUCUGUGAAGACUAUCUUAUUAUUAACUAAUUAUGAUUUUAAUGAAAAGAUAAUUGAUGUACUUAAAGGAGAAAAUCUCAAGCAAGCUUUUACUAAUAUUAAUCCUAAUCAAACUGUGCCAGCAAUUACCAAAGAAUUUUUUAGUUUAUUUGAAAUUUUUGCAGAAACAAACCUGAAUUUAGAUUAUAUCCUGAUGUAAAAAGAAUUAAUUAUAUAUUAUUAAGUCAUUAUAAGAUAAAGCUCAAGUAGAUUCAUAUUUAGAUUGGCAUUAAAAUGAAUUUCCUAGAGUUUUAGAUUACUCUAAAGAAUGUUAUUUGAA